CUAUUACUUCCACUCAUGUGCCAAUGUUUUCUUGGUCCUGAUUAAUUCCGGCAAAACGAAUGAUCCGUUUGGUAGGGAAAAAAAAGAAGGAUAGGUGCGAGUGUGUAUUUGUAUCUUCCAUUCCAAAGCUAAUAACUUGUUCAACGCCACAAACAACCACUCUUCUAUUUUCUUUGACCAGUUAAUCGAACCCGGUUCAUCCUCCCAUUAAAUGAAAAUAAAAAAUAACAUAAAAAAUAUAAACCAAUCGCCCUCUCGGGAUCGGUGCUGAACCGGGAAAUCCAAACCGCUUAUUCAGACGCUGCUCGUAGAGUCAUGCGAUCGAAUCCUUCCCCUAAAAAAAAAAUAGCAAAAUAAUAAUAAAAGACGUAACUGCACUUCGAACUGCACUCUCUGGAGAUGGAGGUAGCUGGGACGAGCGGUGGUAGUUGAAUCAUCCAGCAGUUCGAACUGCACUUCCUGUUGAUGUUGAUGCCUUUAAAUGCACCGUCUGAUCUUCAUCAUCCCACCACGCCGUAACAACUCGACUAUCUAGAGACAAGGGAAGGAAGCUUCAGAUCGAUGGCUCCGGGUGCGACGGUUCUUCCGACGAAUGAGGAGACGCUGCGGGCGAGCUUCGUCCGCGACGAGGACGAGCGGCCCAAGGUAGCUUACAACCACUUCAGCCACGACAUUCCAGUCAUCUCUCUCGCGGGGAUCGACGACGAGACUGCCAGUGGUGACGGAGGGAAGAGGGAGGAGAUUCGCCGCAGGAUCGUGGAAGCCUGCGAGGACUGGGGCGUGUUCCAGGUGGUGGACCACGGCGUCGACGCCGGCCUCAUCUCCGAGAUGACGCGCCUGGCGAGGGAGUUCUUCGCGCUCCCGCCGGAGGAGAAGCUCCGGUUCGACAUGUCCGGCGGAAAGAAGGGCGGCUUCAUCGUCUCCAGCCACUUGCAGGGAGAGGCGGUUCAGGACUGGAGGGAGAUCGUGACCUACUUCUCCUACCCGCUGCCCGCCCGCGACUACUCGCGGUGGCCGGACAAGCCCGAGGGAUGGCGGUCGGUGGUGGAGGCGUACAGCGAGAAGCUGAUGGGACUGGCGUGCAAGUUGCUGGAGGUGCUGUCGGAGGCGAUGGGCCUCGACAAGGAGGCUCUCACCAAAGCCUGCAUCGACAUGGACCAGAAGGUCGUGGUCAACUACUACCCCAAGUGCCCGCAGCCCGACCUCACCCUCGGUCUCAAGCGCCACACCGACCCCGGCACCAUCACCCUCCUCCUCCAAGACCAGGUCGGCGGCCUCCAAGCCACCAAGGACGGCGGCACGACAUGGAUCACGGUCGAGCCCGUGGAGGGCGCCUUCGUCGUCAACCUCGGCGACCAUGGCCACUACCUGAGCAACGGCCGGUUUAAGAACGCGGACCAUCAGGCGGUGGUGAACUCCAACUGCAGCAGGUUGUCGAUCGCGACGUUUCAGAACCCUGCGCCGGAGGCGAUCGUGUACCCGCUGGCGAUCAGGGAGGGGGAGAAGCCGAUACUGGAGGAGCCGAUCACGUUCAUCGAGAUGUACCGCAGGAAGAUGAGCAACGACCUGGAGCUGGCAAAGCUCAAGAAGCUAGCGAAGAUGGAGAAGCAGGCAGAGUUGGUAGCGCAGGAGAAGACGAACGGCGGCAUCGGCGUAGCGACUGCCAAGGGACUGAAUGAGAUUCUCGCUUAAUUAUUGCGCAAACAAAUUUCGUAAUACUUGUGUGGAUGGUCCUGGGUUUUAUUCUGCUAGCUGCUCUGUGCAUGUAAUAAACUUUAUGGCGUAUGAAUUACGAGAUGGUUCAUCGUUAUUCUACUUAUUUA